AUGUGGUCUUUUCAUCCUGAGACGCUGAUGUUCUUCCAUCUGACUGGCCUCAUUACUGGGCAGCAUGCUACAUCAACAUUCUCAGUUUUUCCUUUCCUCACCGUGUGGAAUGCCCCCACUGAGAUCUGCCUCUCAAAGUAUGGCGUGGACCUUGACUUGGGGAUGUUCAGCAUCAUCCAGAACCAGAACCAAACCUUUAUGGGUGACAACGUCACUAUCUUUUAUGCUGAAAAGCUCGGUCUGUAUCCGAGGUACUCUGACAAGCGGGUGGCUGUUAACGGAGGGGUUCCACAGAACGGCAGUCUUGACGAACACCUCAGAGCAGCAUCUGAAAAUAUCACCGCCUUUAUGCCUAAAAGAGACUUCCAGGGCCUAGCUGUUGUGGACUGGGAGAGUUGGAGACCCGUGUGGGAGAGAAACUGGGACAGUAAACAGGUGUACUGGGAAGGUUCACGAGCGCUGGUGAAGUCCAAGCAUCCCGACUGGAGUCCUGCUCAGGUAGAAACCGCUGCACGGAAAGAGUUCAAGCAAUCUGGGAGAAAAUUCAUGGAGGAAACUUUAAAACUGGGGCAGAAGAUGAGGCCAAGUGGUUUGUGGGGUUUUUACGGUUUCCCCAACUGCUACAACUAUUACAGCAGCAAAAUAACAAAUUACACGGGGGAGUGUCCAGCUGUGGAGCUGAAGAGGAACGAUGAGCUGCUGUGGUUGUGGAACGUCUCCUCCGCUCUGUAUCCUGACGUCUACCUCAGCCUGGAGCUCCGAGGCCUCGGCAGAGAAGUGCUCCUCUACGUUCAUCACCGCAUCCUGGAGGCCAUGAGGGCCUCGGCUCAGGUGAGCCCAGCGGAGCUGCCCGUCUUCCCCUACGCUCGCGUCGUCUACACCUACUCACUGGAUUUCCUCACACAGGAGCAUCUGGUUUACACGAUCGGAGAGAGUGCUGCUGUGGGAUCUGCAGGGGUGGUGCUUUGGGGGGACAACACUUUCUCUAAAUCUAAGGCUUCAUGUCAGGCAGUAAAAUCCUACAUCGAUGAGACUUUAGGUCCAUAUCUGGUCAAUGUGACGUCAGCUGCUGUCCUCUGCAGCCACACCCUGUGUUCCUCUCAGGGACGGUGCCAGAGGAAGGACCUACAGUCCAGGUCCUACCUCCACCUCGACCCCGCUGAGUGGAAGGUGGUGUCUGAGGAGAAAGCAGGAGGAAGGAGAAACUAUAAGGUUAUUGCACAGACGGGCACGCACAAGGUUCGGCUCAUAAAGUCUGCGUUUCGGUGCAUGUGUUAUCCUGGGUGGGGCGGUGAGGACUGCUCCAAGUCAACUGAGACAUCUUAA